ACCAUUGUUUAACGUCCUCUCGUUUGUCGUAACAUCCAACGGCCCCACAGUAGCCUUCCUGCGUCGUUGCCAUAGUUACCAAGUAACAGAGUACUUGGGGCGAAAAAGAACAGUUUGUUUUCUGUAGAUUUGAUAACGAAGGAUGGAGGCUAAAAACACACGGCCCAUUUUCGCUUGGUACAAGGAGAGGUUGCAGACCAAGUAUCCUCAAGCCCCAACAAGCAAGAUUUCCUCAUUUAGCAGUUGCUGGCGUUUUGUAAACGUGAGCCUCGAUGACGUCACUGAUUGCUCGUCAGUCUUAUCCGGGGCCCAGAGAGGUGUCUCACCGGUUAUUUUCCAUGGCACUCCAAACCACAACUCCAGUCAAAAGCCUAAAAAGUGCAUCUCCAAAGAGCACGCUUGCUUCUCAAAGCAGAUGAUCCAAAAGCAGAUUCGCAGAGAAUAUGUGGCUGCUGUGGAGGAAAGACUCAAACAGCAUCCUCUAGCAACGUGCCCGCACUAUAAGGAUCACAUGACCCCAGAGUUAUUUGAUAAGGUGGUAUCCGUUUUGGACCCGGUGUGCGUAAACAGCGCCUCUGCACUCCCUCUGCCUACAGGAAACCAUGCGGAGGAGGUAGAUCAGGAAGACUGUACAGAGCCAAGUAAGGAAGAAGUGGAGAGAGUAAAACAAUCUGCCAAUAAAAUCAGCACUGAUGUCCAAAAUCCAACUCCCAGAAACCCUUACGUACUACAAAUGAAUGGAAACGGUAUCAAGAAAGGCCGGACAGUCAAAGUCAAUCAACUGAGCACCAAUGAGGACAUGAAAGUAGCCUCCAAACUUUUCAGCAAAUGGUUUGCCUCUCCGGUAAGAGCAAGACGAAGAGACCAAUGUUACUGAAUCUGCCACACUGGGCAAUUUUGACAGUGGCCUUCAAGACUCUUUAUCACCAACUUUCCCCAUUCAAGUGCAGAACGCCAGCAGUUUCUCAGGUAAAGAAUGAAAUCCCGUCACAGCCACAAACAGGCAGGACAGUUACAAUACGCUUCAAAAGCCUCUGAGCCAAAUAAAGUACAAAAAAAAAAAAAAAAAGAGUAAAAUUCACUAAAUCUAAAGCUCACAAACAGUAAAAUAUCAUAUUUGAUGGCUGCUGGUAACUGAAUCCCAAAACGUGGAAAGAAAACUGGCACAGAUGAACCACUGCAAGACCCAGGCAACAUGUCCAAAGGAGCUGGACUUUGAUAUCCAAAACAAGUGAUAUGAUCAGGACUACCAUCUGCCACCAAAUCUCAAGACAAUUCAUGUCCCUUUCCCAUCUAUUAAACAUGUGAAACAGUUGGUUUGUUGACAGAAUGAGGAGCUGAAACAGAUGUAGGUAACCUUAACUGUCAGGAGUUGUGUGAUCCACAACGGACUACGACUGCCAAGGCUAUAAACCAAGACUGUACAUUUAGAGGGGUUUCAAAAGACCAGUGUUUCAAAUAAUGUGUAUACAGGAAAUGCUCUUCAAACCAAAGUACAAAGAAGAGCAAAAGGAGAAGUGUGUCUAAAAUGGACACUUCUUCUUACUGCAGUUCCUGAAGAGGAAAAUUUUGCAGUCUUUGCAUACAGGAAACACGGACAAUUAAGUGUGUAAGCAGAAAGAGGGCAGAGGGGUUAUUCUUCCCUAUUUGUAUCACGCUUGUUAUACGGUGUUGAUAUACAAGUAUAUGAUAAACCUACACUGUGUAUAUAUAUUUUUUAAUUGAGCAUCAUUCCUGGUUUGAAAUAACAACUCAAAACACAUUCAUUUUUUAAAACUUUAUUUAAACAAUAAAUUACACAAAUACACCUGAUUUUUAUAAAACCAUCCUUUGACAACUUCAUUUGGGGAGCCUUCAAAAAAAAAAAAAAAAGAGUUUUCUGAAAGACAAAAAAAUGUGAAGUAAUUAAAUUAAUUCUGAGGAAUGGAUUUACAGAGAUUAUGAUCAAUCAAUAACAUUUACACAAUUUUAUGAAAACUAUGAAGUCUGUGAGCUGCUGAAGGAUGUGCGUAAAAGGUCUUAUCAUUUGUUAUUAGGGAUGCACCGAUUGUGAAAUUCUGGGCCAACAAAGAAAUCUUCAUUAUAAAAAUAACUGCUUCAAAAGCCUCUUUUAGCCUGCUAUACAACAAAUACAAAUAACCAACACAAAAUUUAGCCAGCGCAAAAAUUGAACAGAUAAACAUCGGCCACUGCCGAGAUCCUAUUUGCCGAUAGGCCGAUAGCAGUCGACAAGGCCAAUAUCAGCUGAUACCGACGAUGUUCGGUCGAUAUAUCAGUGCAUCCCUAUUUGUUAUUGAUCCAUUGUAACUAUUUGACUUUCCCUCUCAGUUAAUAUACAGUAUGAUAUUCAUAUACAACUGAUAGCAUCUUGACGGAAAACCCACAAAUGUCUCUCGUUACCUCAUUAAGAUCUCUUCUAAUCACUGUAAAUGGAAGAUGUUUUCUUAAUUGUUUUUUUUUCCUAACACAAAGUAAUGUAAAUGUUUAGUUGAAUAAUCCUGUGUAUAUGUGAUGUACAAUAUUAACAACUUACUGAUAAGAGGAGCCAGCCUCAGGUCUGUUGUGUCAUGUCUGUCACUGUUGGCUGUUUGGGUCAGAGGUCAGGAGUGAGUGGACGGGUGAUUUGCGGCCCAGUGAGAGCAGCUGUGGGGAGGAAGAGUACCUCGCUGCAGUCGCUGGACUCGAUAUAACACGGCCUGGAAAAGUUAUAAUGUAUACGUUACAGAAUAAAAUAUUGAUAUUGGCAAAAAUCCACAA